GAUAGUGAUGUGGUUCCUAGAAAAGUUUUAAACUCAUAAUUAAGCAACUUAAAGACCAAACAUUUUAGAUUGAGAUUAAUGGAGAUUUCAUUUUAGAAAGUGAUUGAUAGACUUGCUACUUGAAGUUAAUGAGCCUUUCAUAAACUAAUCCUAAUGUAGAAUACUAUUGAAGGCAGCAAAGAAGGCAGUUAGUCAUUACGAUUUCUCAGAAAGAACAGCUUAAAGUUAGUUUGAGUUUUAUAAAGUGCAAUAUGUCUAAUGUCUUUGACCCAAUAAAACUCAGAACUCAUAAUUGAGCAAGCAAAGUUGUAAUUGGACCACAUUCCUUGGAGUAAAGCUAAUCCAUUCAAUAUAAAUACCUGACACCCUCUCCACAUGUGUCUCUAUCUUAACCCUUUACUCCGCUACAUACAAUAUAUAUUUUUUGCACUCUGCGAGAAACCAAACCAACCGCACUAAUUGCAACACGAGCCAUUAAGCGAGUCAUUGGCAAUUAUCUGGCAGCAUUUCGAGUCUGGGUUUGGGCCAAACAGCUACUUACGGUUAACCAGCAACACUUGGCACAAAAGGUAUGGGCCAUUUCGGCUUUGAUGUGUAUUUAAAAUGCUUUCCCAUCCGCAUAUCCCAUAUCCACACACGUACAUGUGGGAAAUUAUGAGCUGCGCUUUGGGUCCAUGGUCAAACGAAAGGUAAACGGAUUAAUUACAGCUGCCACGGCAGAUGUAAAGCUGUGCAAUUUGUAAGCUGCUUUCCACAUUUUAAUUAAACACUGAUUUUUCGUCCAAUGUACCAGCUUUAAAUGGGUUCAAUUCGAACGACGUCACUGGUCUGGGCUGUUAAGUCAAGUUUUUAGCCCAUUCCAUUGGGUAAAUGCAUUUAACAGGCUUGCACAAACCUUUGACAUUUGCUGAAAAGUUUUCAAGUUUUUGUUUGGCAAGAAAUUGCUUUCCGCCGAAGCCUUCCAAAUGCUGGACCGUCAAUUAACAUUGAAUAAUUUUGUGGGUGUUAAGGAAAUUGACGAAAGAGUUGCAUGAAAAUGUUUGAGAAAUAUUCGAAUAAAAGAAAAAAGAAAUCAAUAGAAAGGCAAAUAAACACAGGGAAUUAUGCAAUCGAAGCGUGUAUGGAUGGCUUAUUUAUAGCCCGGGAAAAAGGGGCAGCAUCCAGAUGCAGGCGGCCAAUUGGUUAGCAGCUGCCUCACUCAAACUCUUAACUGACUCAACCCACCACCCAUUCCCAAUACCAGCUAACCCAACCACUCACUCCAACCACCGAGUGGUUGUUAUGGCAUUCGCUGAACGCAUUUUGUAACAUGACAAAAUAGCGUAGCAUACAUUUCAGGGGUUGCAAAUGUGCAACAUUGAUUGGCACGGCCAACUGGCAAAUUGGCCACGGGGCCUCCAAUUGUGGAGCCUGCGCAGGCGCAGCUUAAUCUAUUACAUAACCUCCUCCGGCCAAACGGAUUCGAAACGGAUGCUGCCAGUUGGCAAAACCGAAACAGAACCAAAACUGCACUUGUUGCUGACACAGCGCGUCGUUUCGCGAAGAUAUUUCGUUUAAAAAACGCGUCGGGAAAAAUUAAAUAACCAACCCAACGAAAGUAAAUCUAAUUAAAUCUUAAAUUACCCUUUAUAGUUAUUCAAAAUGUGGCAUAUUGAGCAUAUUGAAAUCAAUUGCUGUGUGAACAUUACCUGAACUUUAAGCCAAAAACCAAAAAAAAAACAUAUGAAGAAAAUUAUGUGAGCGUGUAAAUUAUUUGUGGCAUUUGUGAGCAAGUCUUCAAAAGAAGUUGAAAGUUUCGAACUUUCUUCACGAUCUUCUUGUUUGCCAUUUCUCUAUAUUUCGGCAAGAGUUUUUUCCAAAAAAUUGUUCAGUUCGUAGUGGAUUAUCUGACAGACCCGAAAAUGGACGACGAAAGCGAUGACAAGGAUGAUACAAAAAGAAAAUCGCGAAAUCUGAGCGAGAAGAAGCGGCGGGAUCAGUUUAACUCCCUGGUCAAUGAUCUGAGUGCCCUGAUAUCGACCUCCAGCAGAAAGAUGGACAAAUCCACGGUCCUGAAGUCCACCAUAGCCUUCCUGAAGAACCAUAAUGAGGCCACCGAUCGCUCGAAGGUUUUCGAGAUCCAACAAGACUGGAAGCCAGCGUUUCUAAGCAACGAUGAGUACACCCAUCUGAUGCUGGAAUCUCUCGAUGGCUUCAUGAUGGUCUUCAGUAGCAUGGGCUCCAUCUUCUAUUCCUCGGAAAGUAUUACCUCUCAGCUGGGAUAUCUGCCGCACGAUUUGUACAACAUGACUAUCUAUGAUCUGGCUUACGAGAUGGACCACGAGGCGCUGCUGAACAUUUUCAUGAAUCCCACACCGGUAAUUGAGCCCCGACAGACGAAUAUAGGUUCCAGCAAUCAGAUCACAUUCUACAUCCAUUUGAGACGCGGCGGUUUGGAGAAAGUCGAUGCCAAUGCCUACGAGUUGGUCAAAUUUGUGGGUUACUUUCGUAACGAUACUAAUACCUCUACGGGAUCCAGUUCGGACAAUUCGAAUGCUUCAAAUGGACAACCAGCAGUCCUGCCCCGCAUCUUCCAGCAGAAUCCUAAUGUCGAAGUGGACAAAAAGUUGGUUUUUGUGGGAACCGGACGAGUUCAGAAUCCUCAAUUGAUCAGGGAAAUGAGCAUCAUCGAUCCGACUAGCAAUGAAUUCACAUCGAAGCACAGCAUGGAGUGGAAGUUCCUGUUUCUGGACCAUCGGGCGCCACCAAUCAUUGGUUAUAUGCCAUUUGAGGUGUUAGGCACUUCCGGAUAUGAUUAUUACCACUUUGACGACCUGGACAGCAUUGUGGCAUGCCACGAAGAGCUGCGACAAACCGGCGAGGGAAAGUCCUGUUACUACCGAUUCCUCACAAAAGGGCAACAAUGGAUUUGGCUGCAAACGGACUACUAUGUGAGCUCCCAUCAGUUCAAUUCCAAGCCGGACUAUGUGGUGUGCACCCACAAGGUGGUCAGCUACGCGGAGGUACUCAAGGAAAGUCGAAAGGAGAGUCAAAAGUCCGAGAAUAGCAACAGUAACAGCAAUAAUGGUAGCAGUAAAAUCAUUCCAUCCACGGCAAAUAGCAGCAAGUGUGCAUCCGCCACCACGACUCUGAGGGAUUUCGAGCUCAGUAGCCAGAAUCUGGAUAGCACAUUGCUGGGCAAUAGCUUGGCCAGUUUGGGCAAUGAAACUACAGCCAAUUCACCCGCCGUGGACUCAUCGCCCAUGUGGUCCGCCGCGGUUGUCCAACCAUCUGGUUCCGGGCAAAUGAAUCCUCUGAAGACAUCGCGACCUGCCUCAAGCUAUGGGAAUAUCAGUUCCACGGGUGUUUCACCGAAGGCCAAGCGAAAGUGCUAUUUCUAUAAUAAUCGUGGGAAUGACUCCGAUUCCACGUCCAUGUCCGCGGAUUCGGUAACCAGCCGGCAGUCCAUGAUGACGCACGUCAGUUCGCAAAGCCAACGUCAGCGAUCGCAUCACCGAGAGCAUCAUCGAGAACAUCACCACAGUCAGUCUCAUCAUCACCUGCAACAGCAACAGCAGCAACAACAGCAGCUACAGAAUCAGCAGCAGCAGCAUCAGCAACUGCAACAGCAAUUGCAACAUGCAGUGGGUACUCCAAAAAUGGUGCCCCUCCUGCCGAUUGCACCCACACAAAUAAUGGCCGGAAAUGGGUGUCAGUUUCCUCAACCUGGUUACCCCUUGGCUAGUCCCCAAUUGGUGGCACCCACAUUUCUGGAGCCUCCACAAUAUCUCACAGCCAUACCCAUGCAACCGGUGAUCGCACCAUUUCCUGUUGCCCCCGUUCUAUCGCCUAUUCCUAUGCAGGGACAGCAGGAUCUGCUGCCCGACACUGUGGUGAUGACGCCGACGCAGAGCCAGUUGCAGGAUCAAUUGCAGCGAAAGCAUGAUGAGCUGCAAAAGCUGAUCCUGCAGCAGCAGAAUGAGUUGAGAAUAGUCUCGGAGCAAUUGCUUCUGUCCCGCUAUACAUAUCUUCAGCCUAUGAUGCCAAUGGGGUUUGCACCUGGUAACAUGGCAGCCGCAGCGGUAGGCCCCAUGGGAGCCGCUGGCCAGCGGGGUCUUAACUUUACCGGCAGCAAUGCUGUGCAGCCGCAGUUUAAUCAGUAUGGAUUCGCCUUGAACUCGGAGCAGAUCUUAAACCAGCAGGAUCAGCAGAUGAUGAUGCAGCAGCAGCAGAAUCUACACUCGCAGCACCAACACAAUUUGCAGCAGCAGCAGCACAGUCAUACACAACUGCAGCAACAAAAUCAGCAACAGCAGCAGCAGCAGCAUCAUCAACAACAACAGCAGCAGCAGCAACAGCAGCAACAGCAGCAGCAGCAACAGCAGCAGCAGCAGCAGCAACAGCAACAACAGUUGCAACUGCAGCAACAAAAUGAUAUUUUAUUACGAGAGGAGAUCGAUGAUAUAGACGCCUUUCUCAAUCUGUCACCCCUGCAAUCCUCCAUAAAUCCCUUCAGCUCCAGCAGCAAUAACAACUAUAAUGGUGGCAGCAACAAUAAUCGCAGCUCAAAUCCCCCGCUAAACAACAAUGAGGACUCGCUGUUGUCCUACAUGCAAAUGGCCACCGAAUCGAGUCCUUCGAUCAACUUUCACAUGGGCAUUAGCGAUGAUGGCUCUGAAACGCAGAGUGAUGACAACAAGAUGAUGCACAGUUCCAGCAGCAAUCAAAUGCAGCAGCAACAACAGCAGCAACAGCAACAGCAUCAGCAGCAGCAACAUCAACAGCACAUCCUGCAGCAACAUCAACCACAGUCAAACAGUUUCUUCAGUGCGAAUCCCUUUCUCAGCAACAGUCAGAAUCAGAACCAAAAUCAGUUGCCAAACGAUCUGGAAAUAUUGCCAUAUCAGAUGUCCCAAGAGCAAUCACAGAAUCUAUUCAACUCGCCUCACACAGCCCCAGGCAGUAGUCAAUAGCAUUUUCCCAAUGUAUAUAACUCUCUUUAGUGUUAGGAUUAUCGAUUUGUAAGAACUCCCCUAGACAUCCCCAUCUAUAUAGUCCGUGUAUUAUCAAGUUUGGCCUCUGGCUCUCUUUAUCGAACCUUCUCUGUUGGAAACCCAGAGCUAGUUGUAGAUCUCAACAGACUGAGUAUUGUUCUAAUCCCGAUUCGUGUGUUGUGUAUAAACUAAAUUAGUUGUUAAAAAAGUUCUCAAAAUAUUCCACUGUAAGUAGGUUUUAAAUUGUUGUAGUCUUACUGAUUAGUUUGUAGCAAGAGCCCAUCGUUUCCAUAAGUUAGCCUUAUCCAGUAAGUGCCAUCGAGGCGCAAACAGGGAUCUCUGAUACGUAAUCGAACCUUAAAACCUAAUCCUAAGUUAAUUGUAUUCAGAAUAUAUGUAUAGCGAUAAGCGUAGUAAUUAUCGAUCGAGUUGAGCAAAGCUUAUCCAAUUCCAUAUUAUUUUCAAGACUGGGCUUCGCCAUUGAGGUCAAACAAGAUAUUUAUCUUACGAUUUAGUGUUUAUUCUGUAUAAAAAAUAGGAUAUACUUUAAAUAUAUCAAAACUCAGGUUGAGAUUGCAACUGACAUUUAUUUUGCUGUGAACAUAUUCCCAUAAGUUAACUUCAUGCUCGAUCUUUUCCGACUGUUGAAAUGCCAUUAGUUCAAUCGUUAUAUCCAUUUUCCCAUGUAUUACCAUUUUGCUGUUGGAAAAGUUCGCUCGAAUAUGCUUCGAUCUUCAGCUGAUAAAGAGCCAAAUGCUUUAAACUUAGAACUUGUAAAUGGAAACAAACUAUCUUAAACUCAACUACAACUACCUUAAUAAUGCUAGUAACUCAGUGUUUAAGCUCUGUACAUACCUAUAGGACAAGUUGAGAGGACUUGGUUAAGCUUGUAAAUAAAAGAAAGAAGUUGAGGAGAUAUAUAGAACUAUUUUGUACAUAACUAAAUGUUUAAAUGUUUUUUAAAACAACCUCCCCAAAAAGAAGUUGAACAAGCUAAUCAAAAAAUAAAUUAUCAAACCAAAAAGAAGUGGUAAUAAAGCUAAAAUAAAACUUA